AUGUCAACCGCAACUCCUGCCUCCCUGAAAAUCACAAAGCGACCCUGGUCUCAACGCGGUCACGCCGACCACGGCUGGCUCUACACAUACCACACUUUCUCCUUUGCCUCGUACUACGACCAGCGACACGAGAGCUGGGGACCUCUCCGCGUCAUCAACGAAGACAGAGUCGAAGCUGGAACUGGUUUCGGAACACACAGCCACGCCGAAUUCCUCAUCUUCAGCUACAUCGUCUCCGGCACCCUCGAGCACAAAGACAGCAUGGGCAACCUCGAAAACCUACAACGCGGCGAAGUCCAAUUCACCAGCGCGGGAACCGGAAUCCGCCACUCAGAGUACAACCGCAACCGCGACUCUGAAGUCCACUUUUUGCAGAUCUGGGCCAAACCAAAUAAGAGGGGUCUCAAGCCGCAUUACGAAACCAAGAAGUUUAGCGAUGAGGAGAAGAAGGAUAGGCUUGUACGAAUUAUGGAGUAUACGGAUAGAUUGAGCAAGAGUGAGGGCGCGAUUGGUCUGCAGGCGGAUUUGAGUAUGGAUGCGUCGAUUUUGGCGCCGGGAAAGAAGGUCGUGCAUGAGAUUGUGGCGGAGGGCCCCAGGAAGCUGUUUGCCCAUGUUGUUAUGGGUGGACGGACACAGCCGAAAACUGGGGGUGCGCAGAUUAAGAUUGGAGAGACGAUUUUGGGAGAAGGGGAUGGCGCGUAUAUUGAUGGGGCCAAGGGACCAGGCAAGAUUGAGAUUGAGAGUGUGGGGGAUAAGGAGGCGGAGUUUUUGCUGUUUGAUAUGGGGCCUGAGGAUGCGUAG